UGGAAGUGUGGGGCGGCUGGGCACCGCCAUGCAGUCCCUGGAGGUAGGUCUGGUUCCCGCUCCACAGAGGGAGCCGAGACUGACCCGGUGGCUGCGGAGAGGCAGUGGGAUCUUGGCGCACCUGGUCGCUUUGGGCUUCACCAUCUUUCUGACAGUGCUGUCCCGGCCAGGAACGAGUCUUUUCUCCUGGCACCCUGUAUUCAUGGCCUUGGCGUUCUGCCUCUGCAUGGCUGAGGCCAUCCUACUCUUCUCGCCUGAGCACUCCCUGUUCUUCUUCUGCUCCCGAAAGGCCCGGAUCCGACUCCAUUGGGCGGGGCAGACCCUAGCCAUCCUCUGCGCAGCCCUGGGCCUGGGCUUUAUCAUCUCCAGCAGGACCCGCAGUGAGCUGCCCCACCUGGUGUCCUGGCACAGCUGGGUAGGGGCUCUGACACUGCUGGCCACUAGCGUCCAGGCACUGUGUGGGCUCUGCCUCCUCUGUCCCCGGGCAGCCAGGGUCUCAAGGGUGGUUCGCCUCAAGCUCUACCAUCUGACAUGUGGACUGGUGAUCUACCUAAUGGCUACGGUAACAGUGCUCCUGGGUAUGCACUCUGUGUGGUUCCAGGCCCAGAUCAAAGGUGCAGCCUGGUACCUGUGUCUGGCGCUGCCCCUCCAUCCAGCCCUGGUAAUCAUGCACCAGAUCUCCAGCUUCUACUUGCCAAGGAAGAAAAUGGAAAUUGCCACCUAAGAGGAGCUAGGGGAAGAGCUGCAAGACAUGGCAGACAAAACUGCACAUCUUGGCCAGAACCUAUGGAACUCCCUGGGGGGUUGGGGAAGCGGGGAGAAGGGGAGGGUUGCAGAGAUGCAGCCACGGAUUCCUUGGGAUGAUGGAGAAAAGAGUAUCAAAACGUUUCAGGCACAGAGACAGGGCUUGGCACAGGCCAAAAUACAGGGGAGAACUCUCAGUAGUCUUCCCCAGAUCUGUUCUCUUUAUCAGCUCACCCUCUUGGCUAAACUCAGCCAUAGCAAAAACUGCUUUGGAAAGAUUGAAAAAUACUAUAUAAAUGUAGACUCUGGGGGUGCUGUGGCAUCAACAUCUGUCAUUUCAUUGACUGCCAAGGUUGAUUGGUCUGAUGUGGCUGGCUGUGAGGUGUCUCCACCCCUCACCACUUUACUUGUUCCUCAUGAAGAGAAAAAGACAGCUUUCCAGACAGAGGAGGACUGUCCUUUGGUCAAGAUUUUAUCAAUGUAAGGAAUUAGGUAAUUUUUCAAAUUCUGAUUCUUUUAUUUUUUUGGCUGCACUGCAUGACUUGCGGGAUCUUAGUUCCUCAAGCAGGGAUUGAACCCGUGCCCCCUGUAGCGGAAGCGUGGAGUCCUAACCACUGGACCGCCAGGGAAUUCCCCAAAUUCUGAUUCUUUUAGUUUCUCUUUUCCUUAUAUCGUUUCCUCUUCCCUUGUGGAAUCUACCAAGACAGUCCCCUUCCAGAAGUACCAAGAGAGUAGCCAAAGAAACUGCAUGUUCAGAGGAGUUUAGUAGAAUCCAGUCCAAUUUCGGGUAAGCUGUCUUCUGUACCAAGAAAGUGGGGACCGCAUUUCUGUGUUCUGGGCAAUGCCUAGGACAUAUUACACCGUCAGUGAAUAAUAACCUUCCUAUUAGAUUAAUAUACUUUAAGCCAAACUAAGAUGGUUACCAUUCACGACGUGAACAUAUACCGGUAAUAAUCAAAAUACUGUGAAACCGAGCUGCUCUCCAUCAUUUCUUUUAACCCAGUCCAAGCAUUUUUCCACGGUAGUUUGCAGGCUUGAUCCAGACUUUUAAGAGAACUCUUCAGGGAGACAACCCUCCUCCCCAGGGAUCCAGAAAGCCUUCUUUAUUUACAGGCUCUAGCCCCAAGUCAUGGAAUUUCUAAACUCUCUCUUGCUAAAGCGUCAGUGACAUUUCUUUUGAGAAUAUCUGCCAGGUUGGCAAACUAUGGUCUGCUGGCCAAAACCAACCUGCUGCCUGGUUUUGUAUGGUCUGUGAGCUAGUAAGAGUUUGUGCAUUUUUAAAUGGUUAAAAAACCUCAAAUACAUGUUACAAUGAUAUGGAAAUCGCAUUUUAAUGUCCAUAAAUAAAGUUUUACUGGAACAGA